GGCGCAGCAUCCCCGACCGCACACAGCCGCACGCAGACGCCCCGCAUCCUCCGGCCCGCGUCCCACCGGACUGCUGCAUCGCGUGAGCGGGAGCGGCAUGAGCAGGGAGCAGUGAAGUUGGAGGUCUCGUGCGCUCCCUACUCCUCCUCGAACGCGACAUCGACUCAUUUUGCAAAGGACAGGAGCGAUGAGGCGUGACAGAGACCGAGACCGUGAUGAUCGGUGGCGUGGAAAAGACAGGGACAGAGACCGGGACCGUGAUCGGGACCGCGACCGCGACAGAGACAUGAAGCCACCCGUGCUACCGACACACAACCCGGCUGUAGGAAGUCUAGGCUACUAUAAGCCGGCCCCCAUCCAGCAGCAGAUCAACCCCUUCACCAACCUGCCGCACACGCCGCGCUACUAUGAGAUCCUGAAGAAGCGGCUGCAGCUGCCCGUCUGGGAGUACAAGGAGAGCUUCAACGACAUCCUGACCAAGAACCAGUCCUUUGUGCUGGUGGGAGAGACGGGCUCCGGGAAAACAACGCAGAUCCCUCAGUGGUGUGUGGACAUGGUGCGCUCCGUGCCGGGGCCGAAGAGGGCAGUGGCCUGCACCCAGCCCAGGAGGGUGGCGGCCAUGAGCGUCGCCCAGAGGGUCGCGGACGAGAUGGAUGUCAUGCUGGGCCAGGAGGUGGGCUACUCCAUCCGUUUCGAGGACUGCAGCUCGGCCAAGACUGUACUCAAGUACAUGACCGAUGGGAUGCUGCUGCGGGAGGCCAUGAACGACCCCCUGCUGGAGCGCUACGGCGUCAUCAUCCUGGACGAAGCGCACGAACGCACGCUGGCAACGGACAUCCUCAUGGGAGUCCUGAAAGAGGUGGUCCGCCAGAGGUCUGAUCUCAAGGUCAUCGUCAUGAGCGCCACGCUCGACGCCGGGAAGUUCCAGGUGUACUUCGACAGCUGCCCGCUGCUCACCAUCCCCGGCCGCACGCACCCGGUGGAGAUCUUCUACACCCCCGAGCCGGAGCGGGACUACCUGGAGGCGGCCAUCCGCACCGUGAUCCAGAUCCACAUGUGCGAGGAGGACGAAGGGGACGUGCUGCUCUUCCUCACCGGGCAAGAGGAAAUCGACGAAGCCUGCAAGCGGAUCAAGAGGGAGGUGGACGACCUGGGGCCCGACGUCGGCGAUAUCAAAAUCAUCCCGCUGUAUUCCACGCUGCCUCCGCAGCAGCAGCAGAGGAUCUUCGAGCCACCCCCGCCCAAUAAACCAAACGGCGCCAUCGGACGAAAGGUCGUCGUGUCAACAAACAUUGCCGAGACGUCCCUGACCAUCGACGGCGUGGUGUUUGUAAUUGAUCCGGGAUUUGCCAAGCAAAAGGUUUAUAACCCACGUAUCCGGGUGGAAUCCCUCUUGGUCACGGCCAUCAGCAAGGCCUCGGCCCAGCAGAGGGCGGGCCGCGCCGGCCGAACGCGCCCGGGGAAGUGUUUCCGCCUCUACACGGAGAAAGCUUACAAGACAGAAAUGCAGGACAACACAUACCCAGAGAUCCUGCGGUCUAAUCUGGGCUCUGUGGUGCUGCAGCUGAAGAAGCUGGGGAUUGAUGACCUGGUACACUUUGACUUCAUGGAUCCGCCAGCCCCAGAGACCCUCAUGCGAGCCCUGGAGCUGCUGAACUACCUGGCGGCGCUCAACGACGACGGCGACCUGACGGAGCUGGGCUCCAUGAUGGCGGAGUUCCCCCUGGACCCCCAGCUGGCCAAGAUGGUCAUCGCCAGCUGCGAGUUCAACUGCUCCAACGAGAUCCUCUCCAUCACCGCCAUGCUGUCAGUCCCACAGUGCUUCGUCCGACCCACCGAGGCCAAGAAGGUGGCCGACGAGUCCAAGAUGCGCUUCGCCCACAUCGACGGAGACCACCUGACGCUGCUCAACGUCUACCACGCCUUCAAGCAAAACCACGACUCCACUCAGUGGUGCUACGACAACUUCGUCAACUACCGCUCGCUGAUGUCGGCUGACAACGUGCGACAGCAGCUGUCCAGGAUCAUGGACCGCUUCAGCCUGCCGCGCAAGAGCACCGAGUUCAACAGCCGAGACUACUACAUCAACAUCCGCCGGGCGCUGGUCACGGGCUUUUUCAUGCAGAUCGCCCACCUGGAGCGCACCGGCCAUUACCUGACGGUGAAGGACAACCAGGUGGUGCAGCUGCACCCGUCCACUGUGCUGGACCACAAGCCCGAGUGGGUGCUGUACAACGAGUUCGUCCUCACCACCAAGAACUACAUCCGCACCUGCACGGACAUCAAGCCGGAGUGGCUGGUGAAGAUUGCCCCGCAGUACUACGAGAUGAGUAACUUCCCCCAGUGUGAAGCAAAGCGGCAGCUGGAGCGCAUCGUGGCGAAGCUCUCGUCCAAGGAGUACACUCAGUACUGAGAUGGCCUUCGCACGUGCUGCAGCAGCGUCCUCUCCUCCUCUUCAAGAGCAAAUCUGAACUCAUUUCAUUGUUUUGUUGUUUUUUUUUUACGUUUUUUUUAAAGCCAACCCAAUUUUGAAUUCUACUUUUUGUGUUGCUAGACAUGAAAGAAUGGUAUUUAUUAGGAUUUACCUGUCUUCUGUCUGAAGCAUGACACUUCAUGUAAAUUUCCACAUUCCAGGAUCCUUUUUUUUUUCUCUCUCUCUCUCUGUCAAAUUGCUUUGCUGUUGUUUGACUCAUUCCAUUAAAACAGCAGUUCUGUACAGGAAAAAGGCUUUUGAUCAAAUGUAAUUUAUACUGUAUUUUGAUGCAGGCGUAAUGAAAUGUGCUCUUGUCAUGGAGACGCUAAGA